AUGCAGGUGUCGUUAGUGUGCUCGGACAACCACCGUGGCGGUGGCGUGACACGCACCACGGAGGAACGUCUGAACCAACGGAACUCCAACAGCCCCAGUCUGGGCACCAAGAACAAGUUCCGCGCUGUGGCCAUGGUGGCCCGCAGCCUGGGACAGCUGUCCGUCAACAUUCCCUCGUCCAGCGACCAGAGCAUACGCACUGGCAUGAAGUAUAGAAACCUGGGCAAGUCUGGAUUGAGGGUGUCCUGCCUGGGAUUAGGCACGUGGGUUACCUUCGGAGGACAGAUCACAGAUGAGAUGGCGGAGGAAAUAAUGACACUGGCCUAUGAGAACGGGAUCAAUCUGUUUGACACAGCAGAGGUCUACGCUGCAGGGAAGGCAGAGGUCGUAUUGGGAAACAUCAUCAAGAAGAAAGGUUGGAGGCGCUCCACUUUGGUCAUCACCACCAAGAUAUUCUGGGGAGGAAAAGCAGAAACAGAAAGAGGGUUGUCCAGAAAACAUAUCAUCGAAGGUCUAAGGGCAUCGCUAGACAGACUGCAGCUAGAGUAUGUGGAUGUCGUUUUCGCAAACAGACCGGACCCCAACACACCUAUGGAAGGAGACCCAUUUCACACCUCAAAGUCCAAGACAUUCAUCAUAGAAGAGACGGUGCGGGCAAUGACCCAUGUGAUCAACCAGGGGAUGGCCAUGUACUGGGGAACGUCGCGCUGGAGCUCCAUGGAGAUCAUGGAGGCGUACUCAGUGGCCAGGCAGUUCAACCUGAUACCCCCUAUAUGUGAGCAGGCUGAGUACCACAUGUUCCAGAGGGAGAAGGUGGAGGUGCAGCUUCCCGAGCUCUUCCACAAAAUAGGUGUGGGUGCCAUGACGUGGUCUCCGCUGGCGUGCGGGAUCAUCUCAGGGAAGUACGAUAGUGGGGUACCCCCGUACUCACGGGCCUCACUAAAGGGCUACCAGUGGAUGAAGGACAAGAUCCUGAGUGAGGAGGGGCGCCGUCAGCAGGCGAAGCUGAAAGAGCUGCAGGCCAUUGCCGAGCGACUGGGCUGCACCCUGCCCCAGCUCGCCAUCGCAUGGUGCCUGAGGAAUGAAGGGGUGAGCUCUGUGCUACUGGGGGCCUCCAGCACAGACCAACUGAUGGAGAAUCUAGCAGCAAUACAGGUUCUUCCAAAGUUGUCGUCCUCCAUCGUGCACGAGAUGGAUAGUAUCCUAGGCAACAAGCCCUAUAGUAAAAAGGACUACAGAUCCUAG